AUGGGUAAAGAAGACACAGAACACGGGCCUCUGAGCCCGACGAUUGGAGCUUUUGAGUCACUACAGUCUCAUUCUAACAGUAUUCGCCGCGCGCGGCCGCCAGAUAUUGUCAUCGCGGAAGAGGACAGGGUCCCACUCCGUGUGGACUCUCGGCAGGAGAAGAUUAACAAGCGAGAAUCACGGGUCGGGCUGCGUGGUCUAUUCGGCAGACAGAAGACCGGAAGUGACAAGGACGGCCAAGACCCGGACGGGUCUGCCGCUCGAAGGGAAUCGCCUCGGCUGGGAAGCAUACGAGCCUCGUUGGCAGAGAUCAGCAACUGGCCAUAUGGCCUGCAUUCUUCGCGUUCCGACCUUUCUUUGGCAAGCCCCCAACCUCCGUCUUCGUCCAGAUCAAAUGCAUCCGGUCUUCAGAGUCAGCCGUCUAUCCCACGUUUGCGACAAUCCGGCGUUGGGAAAAGCAAGCCAUUGCCUGCAGCGCCUAGUCCGAACUCGAGUUCAUGGGUACCGUUGCCACUUUUCCAGGUUUAUCCGCAGUCUGUCAAGCAUGCCACCCUACCGGCUUGUACAGCGUCUCUCGAUGUGCUACUUAGGCUCAACGGUCAUCGCAACAGCGGGUCGACCGGCGCGGGCGAUGACGCAGCUGGCGAGGAGAUUGGAGAGAAGAAAGGUGACAAGAUUAAGAAAUUCCACCAGCGCACGGGUGGAUCACGGAGUAUUUUGGAAUGGACCACCAAAACUUAUGUCCUGAACACAUCUGGUUACCUUUUGCAAUACUCGGCCGAUGGUUCCUUCGAUCGUCUGCCAGAAAGAGUCCUGCGCCUGACCAAAGAUUCCGCCGCUUUCGCCAGUGAUCUCAUCCCAGGGAAACAUUGGGUCAUACAGGUUGUUUCGACCGUGGACACGGAUGGCGCGCCUACCGGGGAUAACAGGUCGCUCUUUUCGAAGUUGGCCCUGCGGGCGGCAGAGCGGAGGACUACCUCAAACUUUCUCAUGGUGUUUGAGAGUGCGGAGGACAUGGAUAACUGGCUUGCAGUCCUGCGACGGGAGAUAGAGGAAUUAGGUGGCAAGAAGCGACUUUCAGAGACCGGAGAGCCAAAAACGGAAGACCACACACUCAACUUGAAAACCCAACCCAGUCAGAGGACUAUCGUGGUAAGGGACCCGGCGCGUUUCUCGACGAUCGUGCAACAAGACUUCUCAUGGACCAACGAAAAUGCCCUCAAAGAGCAAGACCAUGAUCACGGCCUCCCCGCGAUCCCUUCGGCCGAGCUCACUCCUGAAUUUUCGCUCGAUGACAUUUCAACCACCGAGAGUCAUUAUUCGUCUGACGGGCAACAUCUCGACAGCCUCCGGGACAGCUCGAAUCGAUUCUCCUACAUCUCAUCCGGACAGAGGACGUACGUCACAUCGGCCAACUCGUCUCCCGCCUGCUCGCCCACCCGUGCCAGCUUCUCAAGCCACAACGAGGGAGUGAAAACGAACUCGCAAGCACAAGAAUCUCAGACUGAGGUCAGACUGCGGCCCAAUGCACAGGCUAUAUCGAGCCGCAGGCAAUCCAUGCAGACUCUCAUCCCCAGCCUCGAAACCCAAUUCGAGUCGAGUGCACGUCCGCACUCGUUCAUCUCUACUGGAGGAGAAAGCAAUGACAGCAAUGCUUCCAACCGCCAAAGCGUCCCCAACUUCAGCAAGCGGUUUUCGGGCUUCAGACCGCCUUCUCUAGAUUCCGUAUCAGAUCAAGUUGAAUCACAAGAACAACCGGAGCCCUCUGUCAAGGCAUGCAGGAAGCCGCCACCAACGUCACUCGCUAUGUCACGGCCGUUGUCCACGGUGGUGGACAUGCCGUCUCCAAGAUCUCCGCUGUCUCCCCAAGAAGCCAUGAGGAGCAUCAACGCCAUGCAAAGGCAGAGCCUAGUUGCACCAGCAGUCCCAGACUCAUCAGCCUUCUCUAAGUGGAAACGUGACGAGGUCCGGACUCCACCUCAAAGAGAGUUGCCGUCGGUGGCGGAAGCUACUUCCACAGUCACGAAUGAUCGCGGGGCUCAAGCCAAGAUUUCUCCACGUCGUUUUGUAAGCCUGAACAACCUCCGGGCUCCUGCAGAUUCCUUCACGGAUCCAGAAUCAAAGACGCAACAAUUUGUACUCUCAAGCACGAGCGGACAGCAAGACAACCCAACAUGGGCGCCCUCGAUGGGUUCGAACGGCCUGGAGAAAAGGCUUGCAGCCACUGCGAAUACGAAGGCCCCUUCGUAUAAGCGAGCCACCUUCCUGGCUGAAGAUUCUUCUUCACGGUGCUCUCCCAUCCCUGUCGACAAGGCUCUCCUGACAGAGAAGGCCUCGAAACGUCAAUCCCGGUCUCCAUUACUAUCCUCUUCGAAUCAAUUCCUAAACGUCGACCUACGAGCCAAGGCCCUACUCGGCCGGAGGAGCAUGCCGCAGCUUGCUGAGGGACCACCACUUGCCCCUCCUCCCACUCGCGCUCUCCCACCCCUCCCGAAGAAAUCCUAG